GGCUGGAAUUUGGCAUCGCCCCGUCGUGGUCUGCGGAUCUCCGGCCCCCGAGUCCAAUCUGCUUCUGUUCGUCGCGGACUUGUUUCCUGCGCGGCGGCGAGCCGGCAAGGGCAGGCGGCGGUGCGGGUCCGCCUCCCUCAUGCAGAAUCGGGUAAAAUCACAUCCUGCCGCGGCCUCGCCCUCUUCCUCCAGCGGCGGUGACGGCUCCGGCUUCUGUCUCAGCGACAUAAUGGAACUGGACGCCGGCAGCGGAGGAGACCACAGAGCGCCGGGUAGCCCAAGGUCCAAGCACUCCGCCACCGAGCAGAGACGUCGCUGCAAAAUCAAUGAGAGAUUUCAGAUGCUUCGUGACCUCGUACCGCAAAGUGAUCAGAAGAGAGAUAGGGCUACAUUCCUUUUGGAGGUGAUUGAAUACGUCAAAUUCUUACAAGAAAAGGUACAAAAGCAUGAGUCAUGCUCAUGCACGGGUGGUGAUUGGAGCCAAGAACAUGCAAAAUUGGCACCCUGGAGUAGCCACCGUGUGCCAGUUGAUCUUAUGCCAGGUGCAGCAACCACAAUGGAAAAUUUCUCUCCUGGGAAUUUUCUGGACAACAGCAUCCCCGCCAUGCCAGAAAUGCUGCAAAAUGAGGAAGCAGUAGUAGAGCCGGCCAGGUUAAAUGCAGAUAGUAUAGAAUCGCAAUACCAGUCACAAUGGCAACAACUUCCAUCUACAGUGGAUUGUCCUGUCAACGGUGAAAUGAGCAAUGAGAAAGAAGAAAUGACUAUAGAUGAGGGCACCAUAACUAUUUCUAGUGUGUACUCCCAGAACCUAUUUACAGCUUUGUCUGAUGCAAUGGAGAAUUUGGGUGUUGAUUUGUCUCAAGCAAGUGUCACUGUGCAUGUCAAUCUGGGUAGAAGAGCAGUUUCCAGAAGGUCUAAUAGUAUGUCCAGUGCAAAGGAACAGGAAGGCAUGCCAGCAAAGUAGCAAACUAAAUCAUGCUAAAUGCUAGGCAGACCAGAAACUGUGAGUAAUCUGAGCAAGUGUUGAAGAGGCAAAGACAACUAGGGAGUCGUUUCCCUGGUUAGAUCAGGUCUAUGCUUCUAUGGAUAAACCCCUUCUAUUCUACCUUCAAGUGGCCUCUCUCUUUGAUCCUUGCUGGUUGUAAAUUAAGUCAACAUUUGUCUCAGAUCAUGUUUUGGCAAGUUCGGUAUAUGUCAUGUCAGAUUCGUUAGAAGCUACA